CGGUGCUCUCACCUGUGUCCUCGUGUUGCUGGUGAUAAUAAAUUUAUAUUUUAAAUGAUUGAGUGUCAUAUUGUUGUAAUUGUUGUUUAAAUAUUACUUACGUGAGAAGAAAAAAUAUACAAUGAGUAACGAAGAAAUAAAUGACGAGUGUGAUGAAGAUAUUUCUAAACAACAUUCCGAGUUGUUAAAAUCCGUUGCAGAACUUGAUCACAACUUUUUAAAAAUAAAAAUACCAGAGAGAAGUGAACUAACCUCUGAAAUCUCUGAAUUCCAUUUACCGCGUGAUGGAAUUGCUGAUGAAGAUCCUAUUCGUAUAGAUAAUUUAGUUAGAACACUUCGAGGAAAAAAACAAUGUUUGAAACUUGGUGAGCAAUAUAAAGCUACAAAGAAACGAGCAAAGGUUUUAUCUAAACCAUUAGAAAAACCAGCUGAAGAAAAAUUAAAACGUGAAGUUUGUUUCGAAAAUAACAGCGAAUAUUUGAAAAAAUGGAACGCAGUUGUCACCAAGAACAGAGUGGCAGAUCACUUGGUAUUUCCAAUAAAUAAAUUGCCUUCAAGUAAACUUCAGAAGAGUGGAAAAGUUGGAUACAAUCGAGUACAGUCAGAUUUAGAGAAAGAAUAUGCUGCAUUGGAACCAGAGAAAGAAACUGAAGAUGAUGAAGAUAAACUUGAUAAAUUUGCUAUGACAAAAGAAGAAAUGAUACAAAGAGCGAAAGAGAACGCUAAAUUCCGCGCUCAACAAUCUUAUAAAGCAGAAAAAGCGCAUAGAAGGAAUAAGAUCAAGAGUAAAAAGUUUCAUAAAAUUGAAAAAAGAGCUAAAAUUAAACAACAGUUUGAAGAAUUUGAUAAACUUCAAAAGGACAAUCCUGAAAUCGCUCUACAGAAACUGGAACAAUUAGAUAAAGCUAGAGCGGAAGAACGAAUGUCAUUGAAACAUAAAAAUACCGGUCAAUGGGCUCGAAAUAAACAGGUUCGAGCGAAAUAUGAUAAAGAGAGUCGUCAAGUACUAGCUCAACAACUAUCGAUUAGUCGUGAGUUAACGCAAAAAAUCAGAAAGGAUGACAGUGAAGAAGAUGAAGACGAAAAUUUGGAGACACAUUUUAUAAGAACUGCAUCAGGAUCAUUAGAAUAUAAUCCUUGGGUAAACAACGAGAUAAAAAUACCACAGACGGAAGAAAAUUUAGUCGAAGAAAAACAAAGAAAAAUUUGUGGUGAAGAAGAUGAAAUUUCACGUAAUCUCGUAAAAAAAUCAAUUCAGUUAUCAAAACUGAAAACUUCUAGUUUUUCGAACCCUGUAGAGCAAGUAACUAUAGAAUACCUAAAUGAUAAAAGUCCGGAAGAUACAAAUGGGUCAGGUAAAAAACGAAAGAUAAAAGAGUUAAAGUGUGCCAAAGUCAGCAAAGUAGAAAAAGUUAAAGACAAAGAUUUGGAAAAAACGGAUAAGCCAACAGAUAAUUCUGGAACAUCAAAGUGGUUGGUUGAAGUAUGCGAUGAUCUCAAUGAAUCAACUCACUCCACUAGUUCAAAAUUACCAAAGAUUAGUGAAAUAUUCGAAACUAUGGAAAGUAAAAGCAAACAAAAAGUUUCGAAAAAGUUGAAGAUGCUGAAGCGGAAAUUGAAAAGUAAAAGUGUAAGCAAGACUAAAAAAAUGAAAACGAAUUUAGACGAUAAAAACUCUGACUUGUCGUUUAAAACAAAAGCGAAUCGUCCAGUUAUAGAUGAAGCAUUGAACGAAAAAAGCUCAGGCUAUGAUGAUCAAUCUAAUGAAGAAGUUAAAUCAACUGAAGUCCAAUCAGAACAACGUGAAUUAAAUCCAGCAUCGAAAAAACCUUUGACAGAAAUAGAUCCAAAUAAUUUCAUAAAUGCCAAAUCUAAGCAUUUGAAUUUGAAGACUCGAUUACCUGAUGCUUCAGGAAAUGAAGGUGAUGUUUUGGAUGAUAGUGAUGAGGAGGAACAAGAAGAAAUUCGACAAAACAUCAUAAGUGAAGCAUUUGUGGAUGAUGAUGUCGUGAACGAGUUUAAGAACGAGAAAGAAGCAGAGCAAAAAAAAUCUCAAGUAACUCAUUUAGAAACGAAUCUUCCUGGCUGGGGAUCAUGGGCUGAUAAAAAUUAUAAAACAUCACAGCGUAAAAAGCGCCGGUUUAUUACCGAUUUCAAUGAUAAAACUCCUAGGAAAGAUAAGGCGAAAGAAAAUCUUAUAUUACUUGAUGACAGCCAUGCGUCAAUUAAACAACACCAAGUCAAUGAUUUGCCACAUCCAUUUAUGACUGUAACUGAUUUUGAAGCCAGUAUACGAGCGCCUAUUGGCCGUAAUUUUGUUCCGGAAAUUACUCAUCGGCAGCUUAUUAAACCACCAAUCAAGACACGAAUGGGAACAAUAAUUGAGCCAAUGGAUGAGGAUAUUCUUUUGAAGAAAAAAUCGUCUACUACUCAAAAUGAAAUUAAAUUAUAAACAUUUAUUUAUUGUUCUAUGUAUACGUACAUAUUAAUUAUUAUAAAUCGACAUUUAUCAAAUUUUA